UUGGCAAAGGCAAUGUAUACACUUUGAAUGUACGACUAAAAGUAAACGUACUGUAGUGAUUCAUAACUGGAAUCAGCUGUGACGACUGCCGCGAAAUGUGUCACUUCUGUCAGUGUCAGUUCUCAAACAUCAGCAUGUAGUGUAAGCCGUAGUGUGCGAUAGUAAUAAUAAAUUAAAAAAUAUCCAAAUCAAAACAAUGACAAACCUUUUGAUAAAUAGCUGUACAUUUAAUAGUCUACAAAUAGAAAUAUUAGUUGAUACUAUUCAUCUCAACCUACUUACUUAGUUGUGGAAUUUCCUGUGUUUUGUUAAAACUUCUUCAACCAUCCCCAGGUUAAAAUGCUCGAUUGACCGAAGACACGUGAAAUUGAUGUCAUUAAAGAUAACACUAAACUUUGCCAGGUUGAAACGUACUCUAGUGUCAACUUUUCAACGUUUGAAAAUGGAGGGAAUGAAUAACGAGUAUACGGAGGUUUACAGGCGCCUACCGCUGAAGCUGCAGCUAACCUAUGGUGUUGGACAUGUCCUCAACGAUGUUUGCGCUUCCAUGUGGUUCACCUACCUCCUAGUAUUCUUUCAUUAUGUUUUACAAUUUAGCAACUUUCAGACGGGCCUAAUGCUAUUGAUUGGUCAAGUGGCCGAUGCUUUAUCGACGCCGUUUGUCGGCUAUCACUCCGACCAAUCGGGUGGAUCCUGGUUAUGUAACUAUGGAAAAAGAAAAACGUGGCAUCUUUUAGGUACUAUCUGUGUAAUCUGCACAUUUCCAUUUAUCUUCUCUGUAUGUAUAGGAUGCUCAAACAGUCAUAAUUCGGCAGAAGUAUUUUACUACAGUAUGUUUAUAAUCAUCUUCCAGUUUGGCUGGGCUGCCGUACAAAUAUCUCAUUUAUCACUGAUUCCUGAACUUACACCCAAUGAUCACGAUAGGACUAAAUUGACUGCUGUGCGUUACUGUUUUACUGUGAUAUCUAACGUUCUAGUCUACGUUAUUACUUGGUUAGUUCUACACAUUCAUAAUGGAGACAGUUCUAAAAUUGGACCCGGUGACGAGCCUAAAUUUCAACUUGUAGUAUUGUCUGUAUUUGGUGUAGGUAUAGCGUGCUCCGUAAUAUUUCACUUCUUUGUUAAAGAGGAAAGGAACGGUGUCGGGCAUGACGUUAGAGGUACACAGCUUCGAACCAGUGUAGCUGAUUUAUUAAAAAAAUCCACGAUUUAUAGGAUAGGUGUCGUGUACAUGUCUUCCAGGUUGUUUGUAAACUUGUCUCAGGUAUUUAUUCCACUAUACCUUCACGAAACUCUUGACACUGUUGCUAGUUCAUUGGCAUUGGUACCUCUAGUCAUGUUUAUAGGUAGUCUUGUAGCUUCUUUAUUCAUAGAAUGGAUCAACAGACAGCUUGGUCGAAAACUAACUUAUAUUUUAGGAACUAUUUUUGGGUUGAUAGGUUGUAUAUGGAUAAAGUUUGGGUAUGGAGAAAACUAUACAAACUAUUGUGUAUAUUUAGUGGCGCUAUUUAUUGGAGCAGGGGGUUCUAUUGUGUUAGUGACAAGUUUAGGCAUCACUACCGACUUUAUUGGUGAAGAUACUCAUAAUGGUGCAUUCGUAUACGGCGUUAUGAGUUUUAUAGACAAAUUAGCAAAUGGAAUUGCUGUUGUUGUUAUCCAAUAUUUACAUAACGAUAUAAGUAAUAUUUAUUAUUAUAGGGAUGUUUUGACAUACGUUUGUGGCGGUUCAAUAGUUCUUGGAGGUGUGGCUGUAAUUGCUUGUUUUUGUAACUCGAGAAGAAGUAUAAUAGUAUACGAAAGCAUUCCUAAUGAUAAUACCAUUAAUUAGGAUAUGCGAAGAACCCAAGAAAAGGAUAUUCAAAUCUCUUAGAUUAGUUAAAAUAUCUCGGAGACAUAGUCACGUUAAAAACUUAUGUCUGUCAGUUGUUCCUAAACCAGUAUCUGAAGAAUGUCACAACAUUAUCCAUUUCAAAAGAUUCGUAGUGUUUAUUGAUUCAUAUUGUUUUAAUAUAUUUCGACCACCGGAGGAAAAUAUGAGGUAUAGAACUAGUAAACAAGCAUUGCUCAAAAAAGGCAAGCGCUGGAUUUGCAUAUCGCAAACGAUAACAUUUUUUAAUUGUUUGGCGCUACUCAUAACCUUUUAAACUUUAAAAGUUUAACUGAGGAAUAGUUUUUUGCGGUGACACCCAAAAUCCCGAAAGCCAAAAUCCCGACAGUCAAAAUCCCGAAAGCCAAAAUCCCGACAGUCAAAAUCCCGACAGCCAAAAUCCCGAUGGCAAAAAUCCCGACACUCAAGAAUCCCGACACGCCAAAAUCCAGACAUACCAAAAUCUCGACAGGCCAAAACCCCGACAUGUCCCAAUCCUCGCAUAAGUAAAAAUCCGGACCACUAUAUUUUGAAUAUUUAUUGUUUUUAAAUGCAGUAGUAAAUCAUAUAAUAUAUAGAGUAUUGAAAUUGAAAAACUAAUUACUUACGUACUAAUAAGUACGGGUACUAAUUAUUAUGUAGUUUAAAAGAGAAAAUUAUUAAACACUUCAUUUUAUAAUGUAAAAGCUAUACUUACUGAAAUGGAUGGUUGUGACUUGAUAAUAUCUAUUAUACGAAAGUAAACUUGAAUUGAGGACUUGAUUAUACAGUAACCGCCACUCUACUAGAUACAUUGAGCUAUUACAGUUCUGGGCCCUUCACUUGUUGCAAUGUUUAGUUUUAUGUCUAGUGAAGUUUAGAAUGUCAGAAAAUGUAUGGAAACUGAAUAUUAACGUAGAAAGUUGACAGAUAGAUUAGCUGUAUUUGACGUUUAUUCUUGUCAUUUUGAUAAAGUUGUAAAAGUUUUAAAGUAUUGGAAUAUUCUUGGUGUUUGAAUAAAGUUAUUUUAAAGCAGAGUAACAAUACUCUUAAUGUAUUUUUUGUAUGGAAAAACAAUUAUUUUGAAUAGUUUCUUGACAGUAACAUGACAAGGAUGAAAGUCACAUCUGAGAACGGACCGGAAUAGCCCAUAAGCAUAGCAAUUAGGUACCUACCCCUGUAUCUAGUACCAUGGCGCUUACGUAUACUGAACUACGUAUUGACAAAAAAAGAAAAAUAAUUUAAUAAGCAUAGCAAUUAGGUACCUACCCCUGUAUCUAGUACCAUGGCGCUUACGUAUACUGAACUACGUAUUGACAAAAAAAGAAAAAUAAUUUAAUUUAUGUACUAUGUAAAAAAUUUUAUGUAGAAAAUUAGUUCAUAUUAAAUGAUAAACACUUUUGUUUAGUAACAAAAAAUAAAAAACCAGAUGUCCAUAAACAAAAAACCAGAAAUAAAUGUAAUUAUGGAUAACGUUAUCCAUUUAAAACUGGAUUAUUUUAAAAAAAUAAUGCCAAAAUUCUUCGCGAACUAAUCAGUUUCAAUUUAUUUACAAGUAAAUGAUGAAUAUUAAUUAAAUAUAAAAAUAAAUAAAUUUUAUGUUUGAAAUAAUACUGUAACACAACAAAAAUAGCUCGAUACUAUGUAUUAUAGUUUUGAAAAUCUGGAAGGAUUUUUUAUUUGUCGGGAUUUGUGUGUCGGGAUUCUGGCGUGUCGAGAUUCUGGCGUGUCGGGAUUUUGGCCGUCGGGAUUUUGGCUGUCGGGAUUUUGGGGUACAGUCGCUUUUUUUGAUACCACUAUAAAGGUAAGCGAUGCGUAUUUAUCGGCAAAAUCACGUUAGCUCAGUCAGGGGAUUUACAUGUUUUAUGGCGUGACAAGAAUCCUCACAAAUGGUAACGGACAGUUCGUCGACAAUUCGUAACAGCGACACUUCGUAACAUCGACAAGUCCUAACUAAUAACUAUUAUUCGUAACGGUAUAAUUCGUAACCAAUAGGGAACUUGCCCAUUUAUGUUUUAUUACAUAAUAAUUUUCCGUUUCGUUUAAAAAUAAGAUUUCCAAAAUUUCAUGCCUUAAAACUUCAUGAUAACUUAGAAGUACACAUUUAAAGUCUUCUGUCUAUUUAAAUAAUUUCAAACGAUCCAAAAACGCGCGAACCCUUGUGACGUCAUAUCAUAAUAUUUUGUAAUGACAUUUCUCCUGUCUCAUAUAAAAUAAUAUACCAUUUUGUUUACUUUGGACUUUAAUACAGUUUUUGAAGAGAUAGUAUUGAAUUGUGUGUGUGUUAUGGUGUCUAUGGUAAAUAAAAAGUAAAUACAUAAAGUGGUUACAUGGCAUGUUGAAAGGAUACUAAAGACAUUUUAGCUCAUUUUCAAGGUUUUCAUGUAUGUGAAAAUAAUUUUAAUGUAAGUAUUUAAUGUCUGUUGUCUGCUUAAUAGUUUUUUUAAUAAAUCAGUGAAUUUUAAGCAAAAAGAAAAUAUAACUUUUGGUAUAUUUUGGUAGAUGUGCAUUACAGAUUGAAUGAUAUUUACCGAUAGGUACCUACAAUAUUUUUCUUGAACUGUUUUUACUAUAAAAUUAAAAUAAACUAAUCAUAAUAAUAAAGAUUCAUGUUCAUAAUGGGAAGUUAUCAUAAAACCCUAAAAAACGCUCUUCGGUCAUUUAAAAAAAUU